GUGAUUGACUGUGAAUGCAUUCCUUUGUUUUAUCAUUUCAGUUGAAGCCCACACACUCGAAAAUCACUUAACCGGCUUCUUUCUGAGAUAUACUUGUGAUAACUUAUUUCUCUGUUGUCGUCACUCUUGAGAUGGAUUUCAAUGUCAUACUGCAGGGAAUCUCUAAACCGGCGUUCUAAAAGAUAAUGGUGACAAAUCAAAAUUAUAUAUGCACAUAAUGAAGGAUCUCAAAGGGGACUAUAUCUGUCAGAUAAGUCCAUGCACCACAUCCCUCUUACAUUACUUAAUAGCUAUAAAUGUUCAGAUGGAAAGUCGUUUUUUAUUUUCUGUUGUUUAUCUUUAACAGAUUUCUUUUGUAGUUUCAUGCGUCCAGCAAAAGACAAGCUUUGCGAUUAUGUGUCAUCUUUGUGUAGAAGGAAGGGUAGGAUGUGUGCGGGUGUGUCCCAUUGGCCCGUCCCCUCCUGGUCCUCCUAUAAGAGCACACCGGAGUAAGAACGUCAGUAGCUCUGUAGAGACCAAACAUAAAAAAAUAGACAUGCCAUCAGACGGACUUCCAGCCUGUCAUACCAGACGCCUUCAGAUUCUAAGAGGAUUCAUGCUGAAGCAGGUGCCCAGCUGGAGAAGUGUGUGCGUCCUCUACUCCCUGUACUGCGUCCUGAUUCUGCCAGACGCUGGCGAAGCGGCCAAAGCACGCUGUGGACGGGAACUGGUCGCCGAUCUGGAGUUUGUGUGUGGAGACCGUGGCUUUUACAGAGGCAAACCUGGAGCAGCUCGUAGCGGCGGUCCUCGCUCUCGUGGGAAAGGGAUCGUCGAGCAGUGUUGCGUGCGGGGAUGUGACCUCCAGCAUUUGGAGUCGUACUGUGCCAAACCCAAGAGGGUGCGCCGUGACGUCCCUGCAUCCCUGCAGCAGACUUUGGAAGAUCAGUUUUGGCUGUUGUUUCAGCGGCGAUACCAGAAGUUUGCAGGGAUGAAUAGAGAUGAGGACGCUGCGUCUCAUAGACUCAGAGAGCAGAUGCUCUACCGGUGGAACAACAGAGAUUCAGUAUUACUAAACACCAACACACUCAACCGACCCCCUUCAACACACCAACAUCCUGCCACUGAGAGAAUGACAUCAAGACCAACAUUUAUCCCCCACAUCCGAUAGUCAUGGCUCUUUUUGGGAUCUGCGUGGACUCUAUGAAUCAUCUUCCUUUUCUAAGAAAGACUUUUCCGUCCUUGCAGAAGUAUAAACUGAGGAUUAUUUAAGAGAACUAGACGGCAAGAUGCCUUGAAAGUGAAGAGUGGUGUGUGUGUGUGUAUCUGAACAUGGCUUGUACUAGUUUCUCAUUUGUCGAAUAUGACAUGAACUGUAUUUUUUCAUUUUGUUUUCAGCUUCCCUCCUAGCAUUGACUUCUGGUUUUGGGUAAAUGUGUUCAAAGCAAGUUGAGGCAAGUUGAAAGAGUAUGUAUGCCACUCUUAUAGACUUGAAAGACCCAAUAUGGGAACACUGAUGACUCAAGUCAUUUUGAAUGUAAAUGUGAUGUGUUUUUAUGAAAGAUUACUGAUAUCAGUGAAUAUAUUUUCUUAAAUGUUUUUUUAUGUUUUAUUUAUGGUCUGUAUAUUACUGUAUGAUUAGGGUUUUCUAAUACUUGUGAAAUAUCCAAAUGAAAGCAGAUUUGGAAAGAAACUUUAAUUUAAAAAAAUUGUGAGAACAACAUGCUUUUCAUUUUAUGGCAAUAUUUUAUAAUGGCCAUCAUUUCCCAACAUACUCAAAUCAGCUUCAGUUUAAGCAUUUAAAACCUCAUUUAUAAAACGUGUGUACGCACAGAUUUGAUCUUAAAGAGUGCACAUGCUAAAAUCCACACCAACGUUCAUAUUCAUAAAAACAGUGUUUGAUGUACUGUAAAAAACAUAGACUGGUGAUUUAUGUUAAUGACUUUGUUGAUGAUGUUAAUUAGGCAGCGUUUACAAGGUGGAGAACUGAAAACACUUUUUUGCAAUUUAUACAUUUCACUUCUGGAUUAUUAGAUAUCCCAAUGACCUCUAAGGAAAGAACAUUAUGGUGAAUAAAAAAUAU